ACAUGUAAUUACCACUAUCAUCACUUAUAACGAUACAACAAGCAGAAUGUGCGAACAUGAAGAAGCGCCCUUAAAAACCCAACCUGAAAAAGUGAAAAAGAAAACGUUAAGGGAGAAAAUAGCGUACAUACGUGAGAACAUUACACUGGAACCAGUUCUAAUCAGCUACGUAAUUCCAGGAUCACUGUCCAGACUUGCGACCCAAAAUCUGAAUUUGGACAAAGCGUGCAGAGUUAAUCUUCAUUAUGACUCAAACGUUUGCGAUGCACUCAUCGCCCAGAAAGGAUUAUACGUACAAGAGGAAAUCGAAGUACAAACACUUGUUGCAUCUAUGGAGGCAUGGAAAAACAUCAUACUCACAGCGAUCCCAAGUUUCCUGAUAUUAUUCUUAGGUGCAUGGAGCGAUCGAACUGGGAAGAGAAAGAUCUGCGUGCUUAUGCCAAUAGUGGGAGACUUGCUUAUGUGUUUAAGUAAUCUUCUCAAUACGUAUUUCUUCUAUGAACUGCCCGUUGAAGUAACUAUGUUCUUUGAGGCUUUUUUCCCGGCUAUAACUGGAGGUUGGAUAGCUACUUACAUGGGGGCAUUUUGUUAUAUUAGUGAAAUAUCGAGUGAAGAGUCUAGGACGUUUAGAGUUGGUAUAGCGAACCUUUGUCUCACAGUCGGUUCUCCCAUAGGCCACGCUUUAAGUGGAAUAUUGCUCAAUAGAAUUGGAUAUUAUGGAAUAUUUACGUUCAGCUCACUUUUGUAUAUUUUUAGUUUAUGCCAUGGUUUCUUCUGUAUGAAAGAUCCUGAAAGACCUAAGGUGGAAAAGAAGAAUGAAGAUAAAGGAGCGUGCAAUUUCUUGAGGUCCUUCUUCAAUUUUAAACACGUGACGGAUACUCUGAAGGUAGUUUUCAAAAAGGGUCCCAAUCGGCGACGAACAAAAUCAAUUUUAGUUCUGGUUUCUAUAGCUUUUGUUUACGGUCCAAUGUAUGGCGAAUUCACAGUGAGAUACUGGUUCACGAGGUACAGAUUUAAUUGGGAUGCCAUGAAAUACAGUUUCUAUAAUACAUUUUACAUUUGUCUUCAUGCACUCGGUGCUUUUAUAUCUGUUAGUAUAUUUAGUAGGAGAUGGAAAUGGAGUGAUGCUACUCUUGGGAUUAUUUCAACUGUCAGCAAACUUAUAGGAGGCUUAGCUGCUAGCCAAGCUAGGACCUCGCUGCAAAUGUAUUUAGCCAUUGCCGUCGAGACAUUUAAUGCAACAUCCUUCACAGCACUAAGAUCGAUAUCAUCUAAACUAGCCAAAAGCGAUGAAUUGGGGAAAAACAUUUCUAUCUUCAAUCUAUUAGAAGUGGUGACGUCAAUGGUAUUCGGGCCAGCGUAUUCAAUGAUUUACAUGAUGACGCUAAAAGUUGAUGUCUCUAUUGUGUAUUAUGUCAGCACUGUGCUAACAUUUCCAGCAAUAUCUAUAUUUGUGUGGUUUUAUAUUCAGAACAAGAAAGAUAUACGAAGACAUAAAGCUGAGAAUAUUGAAGACAAAUCAGCGAAAUGUAAAGACGUAGCACCCGAUUCUACAGAAAGGAAGGAAUCUUUAAUUGGAAGCAUAGAAAUUGCUGAUAGUAAAAUUAUUUAGGACUUUAUGAGUGAGAGAAACCCACAUUAAAUCGAGUUAGCAAUAACAAAGGUGUUUUAUAAGAUAUUUCCUAGUUAAUUUGUUAUCAAUUGACGGGCUUGAAAUAAACAAUGAGAUAUACAUAUGGAGACGACACCGCCUACUCACUUAUGUUCCGCUCACCAAUGGCUUAACUGCACGCUAAUUUUUUAUUUGUUUUAAAGUGAAACGCAU